AUUAUAUACAGCAAUUUUUAUUUUCGGUUUAAAAUGUUAGAUGUAUUGACCACUCUUUUACUCAAAAAUAAUCUGGAUCUGGGUAUGGUCUGGAUGAAAAAAUAAAUUUAAUUGUUACUGCCAAGUUAUCGACCUAUUUUAACGUCAGCAUCAGGGCGAAACAAUCUUGAAUAUGUCUACAAAUUGACAUAUAGAUUGUUUCCAAUUUCUGUGAAGACCAACUCAGUACUAACAUUGCCAAGGAUUGUAACCUUAUUGCUUCUUAAUAUCGUAGUUUCAAUUGUAAUACCAUUUUUAUUUUAACCAUUUUCAAUGCCAUAUCAAGGGGAAUUUUGUUUAGUCAAGAUAAGGUAAAGAAAUUUCACUACAUAUGGAAAUCACCCAGAAUGACAGAUGUCUCAAUGCUGAAACAUGUCUGACAGACCAAACAGUGAGGGUAGUCAGGAAUGGCCAGUAGCAACCAAAUUAUAUAUUUUAAAUCAAUUUAAACUACUAAACUUGAAAUGUUCAGCAUUCAUUCAAAAGUAGUUAUUUUAUUUUGUUUUUUCAAAAAUUUAACCCAAACAUUUUUAAUGUAUUUGUAUCGUAUACAAGAACCGUAAGUAAUUCACAAAGAGAUGAAAUUUUGGGCAAAAGCAAAUGUCGAGGGUAACACCUUCUGAGCACAGGUCCAAAGGAUUACUCAACAGGAACCAACAUGGGCCAUGGAGGUCAUCUGAUGACUCCAUUUCAGAAUCUUCAAGCAGAAAAUGUAUUUGCUCAGAAAGUGGAAAAGGAACUAAAUCAGAUGUUGGAUGUAAUUGCGUAGCAAGUACCGGUGAUGAUGAUUCUCCAGACACUGAUACCUCCCGUUCACAAUCAAAGCAGGACUUAGAUCCUCAACAAAGAUAUAGCAAACCUAUUUUACCCAGUCAUAGCCGUAUCAUGUCACAAGAAGCAAGAUAUCAAAGCCUAAAACCAGGUGAAAAAGUUUUGAUUGUUCUCAACCAAACUGUCGGCCGCCUUUCACAAAGCUGGCUAACACAUCUUAUGCUUGUGAUAGCACUAAUAUUAUACACUUUGAUUGGAGGACUCGUAUUUAAACUCAUCGAAGGCAAUGAUGAAUCUAACGCUAAAAAAGAUUUGUUUGAAGGAAGAAUGAAGGCUGCUCAUGAAAUUCAAGAUGUAUCUUCAAAAUAUACGUCUCUAGCAGGAGACAAAAAAGAGGAACAUUCCAAGGAAGUUAAAAAAGUUCUACAAGAAUAUGAAAACAGUAUACUUGACAAUUAUAAUUACAAUGGCAAAAUGGAUCGUGGGCAGGAUGAGCUUAAUUGGGCAUAUACGAGCUCAGUGUUUUUCUGCUUCACCGUGUACACAACGUUAGGAUAUGGCCACCUUGCACCUGGAACAACACUCGGUAGGGUGGUUUUCAUGCUUUAUGCAAUCAUUGGAAUUCCUCUCUUUUUAAUUAUUCUUACUGAUUUCGGAAAACUUAUGACACGUGGCCUGAAAAAGGUGUGGUGGUACGGUAGAAAGUUGUACUAUUCCAAUUUAUGUCAACAAGGGAAAGGCCAGCUUCAAAAAACUGUCAAAGUUAUGACUGCAGAAGAAAGGACUGGCCGCGAUUUCGAUGAGGAGAUAGUAAUUAAAAAGGACGAAAAGAAUUUUCAAGUAGAUGAAAAGUUCAAUGUUCCUGUAGAAGUUGCGGUGGCUAUCUGGUUUAUGUACAUGAUAAUUGGAUCUAUUUGUUUCGCAGCAUGGGAAAACUAUGCUUUCUUUGAAUCAUUGUAUUUUGUAUUUAUCUCUAUGUCCACCAUAGGCUUUGGGGACCUUGUACCACAGAACUAUUCAGCAAUGAUAGCAAGUAUGUUUUUUUUGGGUGUGGGGCUCGCUAUUGCUACAAUGUGCCUACAAGUUUUCCGAGAGGAGCUGAUCAAGUCUUUAGCUGAUGCAACUUCUAAGUUCGGAGAACAAUAUGGUGUUGAUAUUCAACUUAAUACCCAAGAAUUAUUAGAAGAAAAUGCUGACAAAAAGUAAACAAGUGAACACUAAAGAAAAAAUAUUG